GAUCAUAAUAUUAGGUGUAAAGGAACCACAGGGCAGGCACAUGCAAGCAACGCAUUUGGUGAGUUCCGCAUCACCCAUCAACUGUCCGUUUGACGUCGAACAGAGAAACUUCAGGGAUAAUGAGAAGACAGAAUUUCAAUGAUUCGAUAGUGACGGAGCGAAGAAGUAUCGAGUAGAUUAUUUGUUGCUCAAACUAAAUGAUUUGGUGAAUGCCGUUGUGAAUUGGCUUGAAAUAUGAAAUUAGUUGCCUAGAUCUAGAACUAGUUUUUCGGCAUAAUAUAGUUCAUUAUUCUAUCGCGCAAGCUAAAAGCAAACGCUUUCACCAAGAAAAUACAUGCAAUGUCAUGCAUGGUAGUUGUUCGAUCAAUUAGUUGUCGAGAAAUGUACGAAUAUGUAAGUAAAAUCAAGAACUUAUACCUAAUUGAUCAUAGUCUGAAUAAUAAAUUAUUUACAGCUUUAAAGCUGCGAUUGCUGCUAAAAGAUCGAGCUUCUCGUACUGAUCCGAAACAAACUUUAAAGAUAUUCUGCGAAGUAAGCAGCUUUAUCGCCACCCACCAUGUUGCAGCCCGCAAAAGUCUGCGGUAAGUGCUCAUCCGGCGGAAUGAUAGAUAGGAUGGUCGGCUGUGACAUGUGUGACGUCUGGUUCCACCCGGGAUGUGUGGAAGUAACCGAGACAAACCUGAACCCAGACAAGACCUGGAAAUGUGCCCAUUGUGCGAAUGACGAGGACAGGGAAGUCGCUAGCCAACACACCAACAAGUCGAUGCGAAGUUCGGCGAGCAGCAGAGCCCGAAAAGAGCUGCUGUUGCGGCAGCUGGAGGAACAGCGGGCGUUGAAACUCAAACAACGCGCAGAGGAGGACGAGAUUCGGAAGAAGCGAGCGGAGGAGGACGAGGCUUUCCUCCAGCAAAAAUUGGAUAUCAUUUUGGAGGACGAUAACGAGAGCAGGAUCAGCAGGCUGAGUAGUCGGGCAAGCCAAAGGAAAGUUGCGGACUGGCUUAACCAUGGCCAAGCCGGCCACACAGUAGCGACUAGUUCGUCGCCCAACAGAGUCGUUUCGCAGCAAUCUUCAGCCCAACAGUUUGCGUUGUCGUCAAGAGGUACCGUGGCGCAAGCCAGUACCAACGUCGUGCCACCAGACGGAGUUCCUGCAUCAACAUCGACUCCACAGUCAGGUAAAGAAGUGUUAAGAAUCCAAGAUGUAGAAGUCCCUCAGACAAACGUACCAGUAGGCUCCAUUCCUUCCCUGGAGAACUUUAACCGAACCAUCUGCGAAACCAGUAGCCAGGUACCGUCUGGUCUAGCAACAGUAUAUAGAGAUAGGCAAGCCUUUCCCCUUUAUACGUUAUCUCAAAUUCCACAAGAUAAUAAUAUUGAAAAAAGUGUAUUUCCCAAAUCGUCAUUCGUGGAGACAAAACUAACUUUCUCGGGUCAAACUCCGCAAUCUGUUCCAUCGAAGUACCAUGUUACGUUCGGUCCGGAUAGGGGAAAAUUACCGGUAGCGCCACCGGAAUCGCAAAAUGUAAACUCUUACUCUUUGGUAAAUGUGCCCACGGUAGCUUCGGUCCUACCACCGAGUAGUGCCAUGUCUUACGCGAGUGCAUCAGUACCACCACCACCAUCAGCAGCCGCUUUCUAUCCUGAAGCGAGUCAACGGUUACCGUUACCCAAUGUUACUGCAACGUCCGCAGUGCAGUCCGGCCCGCAGCAGUUUAGUACGUCGUAUAUGGGAGCACCGAAUCAGCUUGCGCCUAGCAAUGCGCAGCUUGCGGCAAGACAGGUCAUGCCACGCGAGUUACCACAUUUCUCCGGGGACCCACAGGACUGGCCGUUGUUCUCCAGUUCGUUCUACAACUCGACUGCCGCAUGUGGUUUCACAGAUGUGGAGAAUCUUGCCAGGCUUCAACGGUGUCUAAAAGGACAUGCCCUAGAUUCGGUAAAAAGUCGUCUAUUGAUGCCAGAAUCGGUACCUCAUGUUAUGGAAACCUUACGGAGGUUGUAUGGCAGGCCAGAGGUGCUAAUUCAUACACUCUUGCGGAAACUGCGCAGCGUCCCACCACCGAGAACGGAAAACUUACAGUCGAUCAUCGCGUUUGGAAUGGCUGUGCGGAACUUGGUGGACCACAUGUUUAUCGCACAAAUGACGGAUCAUCUACGCAACCCUAUGCUUCUUCACGAGCUUGUGGAGAAACUUCCAUCGCAACUGAAAAUGCAAUGGUCGUGGUACAAGCGCGCACAAGUAGAUGUCAACCUGGCGACAUUCGGGGAGUUCAUGACCGAGCUAGUCAACACAGCCUCGGACGUGACGCUUCCAUUGGACGCCCAAGCUCAACAACCUCGGCAGAACCAAGCAGGGAAGGACAAGCAGAAGCUGUAUGUGCAUUCGGAGACAAGGGGAGAAGUUGCUGCGACGACAUCGAAUACCAUAGGUAGUUCCAAGCCUGCGCCAAGGUCGUGUGAAAUGAAGAGAUGCUGCCACUACUGCUCCAGCGAGGAGCACGAGGUAGCCGCUUGUCCACAGUUUCAGGCUUUGGAUAUCGACGGAAGAUGGAAGGCGAUUCGGUCCAUGGGCCUGUGCAGAACAUGUCUGAUACCACAUCGAAAGUGGCCUUGUCGCUCAGGAAAGGAGUGCGGAGUUGAAGGUUGCCGAUUACGCCACAACGCGAUGCUGCAUUCGCGGGCUGCUACAAAUGCCGUUACUCGUCAGAGCACGGCGGAUGGCAGACAGUUUUCGAACGGCGCCAACGUUACCCAGCAAAACCAUCAUUCAACGUUGAACUACUGUCUCUUCCGUUAUCUUCCGGUAACGCUCGAAGUGAAUGGGAAACGAAUUGAUACGUACGCCUUCCUCGAUGAUGGUUGCCAAACAACGCUGAUGGAAGCCGGGUUGGCGGCGGACCUACAGAUUACGGGGCCAGCCGAGUCUCUUUGGCUCGGGUGGACAAGUAAUAUCUCACGUGAAGAGAAAGGAUCGCAGCGAGUAGCAGUAAAAAUAUCCGGUUCCGGACUCAAGAACCAGUUCCAACUCAACAAUGUGCGCACAGUUCAAAAGCUUCAGCUGCAAGAACAGACGUUCCAGUACGAAGAACUGCAGAAGAUUUACCCCCAUUUACGUGGUCUCCCGCUCCGCAGUUACGUUGAUGCGGUUCCUAGAAUUAUCAUCGGCAUCGAACACGCACAGCUGCUGACGACGUUGAAGGUUCGAGAAGGUAGAUCGAAUGAACCGAUAGCUGUAAAGACUCGGCUGGGAUGGUGCGUUUAUGGGAAGCAAGCCGGCGAGUCUGUAGCCGUUGAACGGUUGCACGUACACACACAGGAGCAACUAAUCGAGAACCGAGAGCUGCACGAUCUGAUGCGGCAAUAUUUUGCAGUGGAAGAAGCAGCAGUAGCCACGCCUAUCGAAUCCGCAGAUGACAUUAGAGCUCGUCAGAUUCUGGACCAGACAACACGUAGAACUAACGGAGGGUUCGAGACCGGGCUACUCUGGAAAUAUGACCAACCAGUGUUUCCAGAUAGCUAUCCACUAGCAGUUCGUAGACUACAGUCACUGGAAAAGCGGCUCGACAGAGACCAAGAGCUGAAGAAGAAAGUUGUGUCUCUGAUUGAAGAAUACGAGGAAAAGGGAUACGCACACAAAAUCACUCAGGAGGAGAUGGAAUCAAACGAUUCGAAUCGAGUGUGGUAUUUACCCUUAGGUGUCGUGAGAAACCCCAAGAAGCCGACUAAAGUUCGGCUUAUUUGGGACGCAGCAGCGAGGGUGCAUGGUCUAUCACUAAAUGAUAUGCUCCUGAAAGGACCGGAUAUGCUAACAUCCUUGUUCUCUGUUCUGCUGAGGUUUAGGCAGCGUUCAAUCGCGGUAUGUGGGGAUAUCCGCGAAAUGUUCCACCAAAUUCGGAUCAUUCCUCAAGACAAGCAGGCUCAACGAUUUCUGUUUCGCGAGUGUCACGAACAACCUCCACAGAUUUACGUUAUGGACGUGGCUACGUUCGGCGCAUCAUGUUCACCCUGUUUGUCGCAGUUUAUCAAGAACAAAAAUGCUGAAGAAUUUGAGUCACAGUUUCCGAAGGCAGCCGAAGCAAUUAUCAACGCUCACUAUGUGGACGACUACCUCGAUAGCGUAGAUUCCACCAAGGAAGCCGUACAGUUAGUGAACGAGGUGAAGCACGUGCACUCUCUAGGAGGGUUUGAAAUAAGGAACUUCUCUUCGAACUCGCCGGACGUUCUACUGCAGUUGGGGGAAACCACGUGUAUGGAGGCGAAAUCGCUGGAUUUGGAUGGCUCAAAGCACGUCGAACGUGUCUUGGUAUGGUGUGGAAUCCCAAAAAAGAUGUGUUUUGCUUCGACGUUCUGAUGAAGGACGACUUACAGAAGCUCUUGGCGCAGGAGUUGACGCCAACAAAGCGCCAAGUAUUGCGACUAGUGAUGUCCCUCUUCGACCCGUAUGGAUUCAUCGCUCACUACAUUGUACACGGCAAGAUCUUGAUGCAGCAU